CGCCCUCUACCGUCCCUCUCUCCCACGAGCCUCAAACGUCUGCGAUCACGUGUCAGUCGCUGAAAAGUUUGACGCGACACAAGGAGCCUGCACGGAGCUGCAAGGCCGAAAGGGAGCGGAGAAGUUUUAUUAGUGGGUUAUUUUUUUCGUUUCGGGCAGAACAUGGAAUCCGUAGCUCAGAAAGUGCUCUCAUCAGGAUUCACUCUCGACUUUGGACCUCUGAAAGAGCCUUUAGCGUUCAUCCGUUUGCUGGAAUGGCUGUUUUCCAUUUUCGCCUUUGCUACGACUGGAGGUUACAGCGGCUCCACCAGCUUCAACAUCCAGUGCAAUGGAAGGAAGCUUGAGGAAGUACACCCAGAAUUCAACUACCCGUUCAGGUUGAUGCAGCAUAGCUAUCAGGUCAUCAACUGUACAACCAACAUAACAACCUACAAUAGCUUCUACCUGACUGGGGAUCACUCGUCCUCCGCCCAGUUCUACGUCUGCAUCGGGGUCCUGGCUUUCCUCUACUGCACCGCCUCCUUAAUCCUCUAUCUGGGCUAUCAGCACUUGUACAGAGAAUCCACUCGUGGUCCCGUCAUGGAUCUGUUGGUGACUGCAGCCUUGGCCUUCCUGUGGCUGGUAUCAUCCUCUGCCUGGGCCAAAGGCUUGACUGAUGUCAAAUCGGCCACAAAUCCUCUAACGCUCAUCAGUUUACCUUUUUGCCAGGGUGACGUGAAAUGCACCGCAGGAGCUACUCCCGCCAUGGGCAAAUUAAAUUCUUCCGUGAUUUUUGGAUUCCUUAACCUCAUCCUGUGGGCGGGAAACUGUUGGUUUAUAUACAAAGAAACCCCUUUCCACAAGACAAACCAGCCUGCCAACCUUGAAGCUGGAGCCACGCCAUCGUAACUGCUCGGCUUCCUCGUUUCUACAGUCUGAUGUGUACAACUGACUGCGCUUUUUGCAGGACUGAUUCUCAUUUUACGUUUUUUUUUUUUUUUGUUGCCAUCACAAAUGUAUGAUGUCAAACUAAUUUCAAAAAGUUACUAAAACGUAUUGUUUAGCCAAAAAUCUACACGAACCGACCCUCUAGAUACUAAUGGAUGCUAACUUUGUUUUAUUGCGUUCAUAGAUAACAAAGCCCCUUCGUGGGACCCCUGUGGGUAAAACUACAAAACAAAACCUGGUUUAACAGCUGUUUACCCAAACAUCCACUAUGGAGUGACCCUUUUUUCAGAGGCUGCCACAGAUGUACAGUAUCUUUGUACAAUACAUAAUUUCUGCCAUUGAUUAUAUUUAAAAAAAAAAAAAAAAAAACUCAGGGCUGAUAAGUUUAUUAAUAAAAAAGUUCCAGUUUUAUUAAAAAUACUUGAAUGUGUUGAGUUCAGAUGAAGCCCAGGUAAAAAAUAUCUAGGGUUUAACUGCCAAUGUGAGAUUAUCAUUUGAAGCUCAAAUUGUUGCUUGUUUCCCCUUUUGUGAGGUAGUGAUAUUUGCCGUUAGAGUAAUAAUUCUAGUUUAAAGUAACAUAAAUGCAGUGUUUCUGUUCUGUCCGUUAAGAGCAUGGUCACCUUUUUACAUGUGAAACGUACGAUUCUAAACUAAAUUUGUUACUCUUCAUGUAAGAUAUGCUUUCUCUUUCUUUUUGUAGGGAAUGCUCAGGCAAUGGCAUUUUCAGCAUUCCUAUUUGGUUGUAUAAUCCAUCUGAUUUCUAUAACAGUUGAUGUGUUUAGGUUAUUUCUAACUGCAGUUCACUGCACAUGUGCCUGGCUUUCCUCUACCUGCUCUUUAUUAUGAGGAAACUGAUUUUUGCCAAGAAAAUUGUCAUUUAUUUUGAAAAUCUCUUAAAGACCCAGUGGUCUCUGCGUUUUGUCUCCAUGUCUGCCAUAGUUUCAACCCCACCCCCCCCCCCCCCCCACACACACACACACACAUUGUUUAGUUAAUAACGCAUACCUGAAACAUUGUGUUACUUUAAAUCUUCACAAAUGUGGCUUACCUGCUGUGCCAGUCUAGUUGGAUGAGUAGUUGUCAUAACCCGUGAAUUAAAAACAAAAAUAGUAAUUUUUCCAUUAAAGAAAAGUAUAAGUAAAGCAGAGAUAGCCUGUUAAUCUAAGACUGGCCAUAAAAAAGGUUUCACAAAAUAAACUAAGUAGCCAUUUCACAAAUUUGGUUACAAAAAUAUUGUAUACAGACUUAACCUCCUGCCCUUAAUUAGCGGAGUCAAAUAUCACAAACUAACAGCUAUAUAAAUAUGCAUGAAUUGAUUUUUUGAUAGCUUUUUUUUCCAUACCUAACGGGCCUAAAUUAUGCAAAGUGACAGUACGUCGUCCAUGUGGCUUGUUACACUUUAACCUUUUUCUUUUGAUUAAUCUGGUUUAAAACUGUGAUUCUUUAGGAACUUAAAAGUGGAUUUGAUGUUUUUUAGGCUUGUUGAGUAGCCUUGGAUAAAGUCAAACAAUGCCACACAUCCUUCGAUUCCGUCACCAAAGCAAAUAAAGACAAAUGUGCUCACAAGGCAGUUUUCUCUUUAAGGUGGGGAAAGCAAGUACUGAGUAUGUCAUAGUUUUUCUUAGUACGUACAUUUCUAAGGCUGUUGAGAUGAUUUUCAGUUCCAAAGUUUUGUGGUUAUUUGAGCCACUCUUACAGCUUAAUUUUAUUUCUCUGAAUCAGAUUUAUAGUGUUCAUGUUUAGGAUGAUUGUCCUAAAAAUAAAUUCUUUGUAAACUCCUUAAAUUAAAUGAAGUCUUUCUGUACAAUAUGCUGAGAAAUAGCCCCACAUCAUGAGUCCUGGACCUCCAUAUUUCCCCCAACUGGUUUCACAAUGCAUGUUUUACCACCAGAGGGCGGUAAGACACAACUUCUGAAAAAUAGUAAAAGCCUCAUGAUUGUCAUUCAGCUAUGUAAAGGGAUUAGCAUUGAUGUGCCUACUAGAGCAGUUCUACUACCACUGGUGUAAAUUAGAUACUAUAUGUUAAAUAUAAUGAGCAACAUACACUGUUGGACCUUAUAAAGGGCUUAAGCAUGAUUCUUUCCGUGUAGGACCAGACAGCAGAUCUGAACUCCAUUACAUAGUUAGCCACACAGUUGAAUUGCCUUAUGAUUGGGAUGGAGACAAAAAUAAAGACAACACAAGGUAUAAA